GAAAAAUUUCCAUCUCAUCCCCUGUUUUCUAAGGAUCUCUACGUUGAAAUACAACAGUAUCGACCAUCAAAUAAUGAAGAUGAAACUAAUACAUUAACAAAUUUGUUUUGGAUGAGUCUGGAACAAAUUUUGUUAUGGUAUGAGUUUGGUGAGUCAAUUGGUCAUGAUAACACAGCGGGUACCAAUAGGUACAAUAUGCCACUUUCUUUGUUUGUAGCUCAGGACGAUAAUAUGCAAUCUCGUAUCAUCGCUCAGGCUUUUGUCAGUAAUAAGACAGCUAAAACAUACCAAUGGGUCCUUCAAAUGACAAAAAAAGCUACUAACAAUAGAUACCCCAACGUUUUUGUAACUGAUGGUGAUCUAGCAAUGGAACAGGCA